AUGGCUAAGCAACAAGGAAUUAGGAAGCUCAUUGUUCAGAUGGACAAUAAGGCAUGUGUGGAAGCUAUGAAGAAUGCAAAUCAGCAACACGGGGAGUGUAUGCACAUCAUCAACAACUGUCGUAGUCUUUGUAAUGUUUUCGUGUCUUUUGCUUUUGUUAAUUGUUAUAGGGAAGGGAAUAGAGUGGCGGAUAUUCUUGCGAAUAUAGGGGUAGGAUUUCAAGAGAGAGUGGUUUAUUUCGAUGAUCCUCCCGUCGAAAUAAAAAACUUUCUUUGGGAGGACUUAGUUGGUGUGGCUUUGCCACGUAUGGUGAUGUAA